AUGGAGGGCUGCAAGCUGGAUCACAUAACCCUGUGUGACUACAAUGCAGCCAACUACACGCGCGACUACAGGUGGACCGGGAGAUGGGUAGACACCACCAGCUUUCCGCUGUACAUGGCCACCAUCGCCAACCUGAUCCAAGCCAUUUCUGACAAGGUUGUUGAAGCCCCCAAAAUGGUCGAGCACGAUGCACACCACCCAGCGCCAAUCGUUGAGGAACUAAGUCCAGUAGCCAUUAUCGCAGUUGGUAUUGGCAUUGGCAUUCUAUCGGCCAUGGGUGACAACCAGCUGUAUACCAUGAUGAUUGGCACCGCCAUCGUUGGCAUCCUUGGUGGUGCCUGUUCACCAGUAUAUCCAAUGUCUCGAACUCAAGGAGCGUCCCAGGUCCGCCGCUCCCUGCCGGCAUCCAACAGGUGGCUGUUCCCGCUAAAGUCGUUCAAUCAGACCUCCUUGUUCGGCUGGUUCAUGGUGGCUGAUUCGAUGAACAUGAUCAUGACUGUCGCCAGCCUGUUUGCACAAGCCGUGAUCAACAUGGACAAAGACCAGAUGGCAAUCGGUAUUCUGAUUGUCCCAAUUACCCCGAUGAUCGGUGCAUUCGGGUUCUGGAUGGUGCCUAUCGUGAUGAUUAUAUUUGGCACUGCCGCCUGGGGACUCAACUACUCGACCGAGUUCUAUCCACUUUUUGUCGAGCUGGGUCGGCGUUCAUCGGACCGCUGGCUUGCUGCUGGGAUCAACACCGCCUCGCACAACCUGCGCUACGCCUACGUGCGGUGCCUGUCGCUGCUGUUCCUGUCAGGUGUGCUCUUCCAUUGGUGCAACACAAAGAAGGGCCGUGAAGAUGUGCCCAAGAUGAGCACGCUUUCUGGUUGCAAAACCUGCGAGUUCGAGUGUGCCUCUGCCGACCUCUACUUUGACCACCUCCUGUUUGACGCCCGUCACCACGAGAUCCUCCAGCAGCGGAUGGAAGAGCUGGAAAAACACGAGUCGACAUACAUGCGGCCGGCCAAGGCAUACAAGCGCGCUAGCCUGGUUAUUAUCUAG